AUGCCCCCCACCGCGCCCUGGAGCCCCAGCCCGGGGUCCGCGCCCUGGGAGUACUCGGGGUCCGGGUCCGGGUCCGGGUGGGGCGCCCUGGACGAGGAGCUGGCGCUGUGCGCGGCCGGGGAGCUGCCCCACGCGCGCGCCGUGGUGCCCGCGCUCUACCUGGCGGCCUGCGCGCUGGGCCUGCUGGGCAACGGGCUGGUCCUGCGGCUGCUGGCGCGGCGGCGCGGCCCGCGGCGGCUGGCGGACACCUUCGCGCGGCACCUGGCGGCCGCCGACCUGGGCCUGGUGCUGACGCUGCCGCUCUGGGCCGCGGCGGCGGCGGGGGGCGGCCGCUGGCCCUUCGGCCGCGCGCUCUGCAAGCUCAGCAGCUUCACCGUGGCCGCCUCGCGCUGCGCGGGCGCCCUGCUGCUGGCCGGCCUGGCCGCCGACCGCUACGUGGCCGUGGUGCGCCCGGUCGGGGCGCGGCCGCUGCGCUCCCCGCGGUGCGCGCGCGCCGUGUGCCGGGGCGUCUGGGCCGCGGCGCUGCUGGUCGGGCUGCCCGCCCUGGUCUCCCGGGACCUGCAGCCGCGGCCCGACGGCGCGGGCAGCCAGUGCGGGGAGCGGCCCUCGGACGCCUGGCAGGCGCUCGGGCUGCUGCUGCUGCUGCUGACCUGCGCGCUGCCCCUGGGCGCCUCCCUCUUCUGCUACUGCCGCCUGGCGCGCCGCCUGCGCCGGGCCCCGCGCCUGGGCCGCGUCCCCGCCGCCCCGCUGCGCAUCGUCUGCGCCGUCGAGGGCGCCUUCGUGGGCGCCUGGCUGCCCUUCGGCGCCCUGCGCGCCGCCCUGCACCUGGCGCACCUGCAGGCGCUGCCGCUGCCCUGCGCGCUCCUGCGGGCGCUGCGCUGGGGCCUGGCCCUCGCCACCUGCCUCGCCUUCGGCCACGGCUGCGCCAACCCGCUCAUCUACCUGCUGCUGGACCGCUCCUUCCGCGCCCGCGCCUGGCGCCUGGCGCGCGGGCUCAGCUCCGCGUCCUCGCGCUCCGGGGACCCCAGCGCCGAGGGGCGGGGCGCGGCCGACAGCGGGGGACGAGCGCGGACGGAGAGCCGGACCCUGGCCCGCGCGUAG